UCGGGGGGACCGGUCUUUGCUCAAGCUCAAGCUGCAGGCUGCAGCUGUUGGUGUCUUCUUCACGUUCCAUCUUGCUGCUCAGCACUCAGCGCUCAGCAUGGACGACCAUAUUAUUUUCAAUCUGCUUCGUGCAGGCGGGUCACUGAUCGAUUCUACACCAUCGGAAACACCGACCAACGUCGCGGAUGUGCUCAAGCAGAGGUUGACGCAAUACUUUUCCGUCAGGGGACUGGAAUGUCCAGCUAUGGAUGGGACGCUUGAGGGGUUACAGGCUCGAACUGCGACGGAAGCUCUGUACGUUCUGGAGUGUUUGCAGCGCGAGUGGAGUCGAGACGAUGCUGCCUUUCAGUCACAGGAAGGCCCCUCGAACGCAAGCAUAGGCUCGCGGGACCUGGCGCAGAUCCGCACCCUCAUUUCGAUCGUGUUCAAGUGGGGAGUCGAGCCGCAGCUGGGACGCGUCGCUAAUGCUAUCCCCGUCAAGACGUCGCAGGCUCAUGCGGGAGCGAAGAUCAUUGACCUCACGGGUGUCCCGGACGAUUAUGAGAGGCUCUCAGAGACGAUCAUUCGUCUACUGCGUCUACCAUACCCGCACGGUCCACAAACACCCUUGCUGCAGACAGCGAUUACUUCCGCCCUGCUGAACAAGCACGUCGCGGACCUGCUCAAGCCAUCCAUCGUUCUCGGAUGGCUGCCAAAGAAUCUAGCUACAGACUCCGUCAAGCCUGUUGAUUUCAUUCGGCCGUCUGUCAUGCAGCUUCUGUCUACACUGUCGGCUGCACAGACCAUAGCUGCCUUCGGCAGCAUACUGUCAGACAGCUCAAUCGCCCUCCCCUACGCACGGAAAUCUUGCGGUUUCCUGCUGAGCCGCCAGUUGCUCCGGCCCGAAGGCGUAGCGGGCCUGCUCGGUGCGAUGUUCGGCGAAGAGGACAUCUCUGGAGAGGAUGCACCCCUGGAAAAGCUAGAGCAUGUCGCACGUCUCCUGGGUACUGUUCCAGCGAGCAUGAAAGCAGAGGACUACUAUGGGGUCAUCAUCCCUCGGCUCCUCGCCAUACUGUCGACGGAUCCGAAGCGAAUCCCGCCCAUAUAUAGACGAGCUAUCGCGUUUGCGCUCUCACGCAUGCUUGCUUCCGAAAAGGGGGACAAGGAAGCGAGCAUUGUGUCCAAUAUCCUGCUAGCUCGCCUACACCGGCCAUUCCUGGUCACGUCCCCAGACGUACCCGGACACGAAAACAACGAAGAGACACCCCAGGCCCCAGCCACGCCCGAGCUGACGCCGUCUGAGGCACUCGAUGUACUCCAGACACUGCUUACCAACGCUGACCCGUCGCCAACCUUCAUCUCGAGCCUGCUGACGCCUAUUCUGCCUGCACUGUAUGCCAUCCUCUCGCACCUGGAGACGAUCAAGGCAUCAGACCCCGCAUUGAAGGAGUCUGUGCGAGGUUUCCUCGUGACCUGGGGCCGGAUUGUGAACACGAACGAGGGCAUCGAUGCGCUCUGGGAGGUCGUGCUCGGCGAAGGAGGCGAGUGGAAGGCCGAUGUGACCGGCAGCUUAGCGAGACUGGAAACCACCGAGCGGAACCCAACGCUCUCGUUAUUCACCCCAGAAGACCUCCGACGCGCAGAGGAGGUCGGUGAGCUCGACGCGGACGCGAAUCUAUUUGAUCUGCGUCCGGAUCCAGUGCAGUUCGUCCGCUACCUGAAGUCGAUCGAUCGGUCAGACAUCUCGUCGGAGGUCUUCGUCAAGCUCCUUGAAGCAUACCGGGAGCUGAAGGCGCAACCCGAGAACGAUCCAUUGCGAACACUGCUGUAUCUGCAACUCAUCUUACAGAUGCAGACCCAGCUCGCUACGGACGACUCCGCCUCGAGUAUCCUAAAUAAACCCGACCAUAUCCUCUCGUUCAUCAAGCACGCUCUCGAAUCUGCGGCGUCGCCCGCGGCACAAUCGCCCAAGAGAGAACCACGUGCAAAUGGCGGUGGGCUCAACCUACAGGACUUGCGCAUUGUUGACGAGGAAGAGGAGCCCGAAGUAGAUGAGGGUGACAGUGACGACGAAGGGCCUGAAAUGGGGGCGUCGGGUGAUGAUGAGAUGGUCGCCACGUCGGUGAACCUUCUUCUCUCGAUCCUCGAAGCACACCCCGAUUUGUCCGCGAGGACCGCGCCAAUACUUAACGACAUCUUCUCGCUACUCGAGCCAUUGUCCAAGGACUCGUCAGACACAAUCCGCCCGCUCGCUCGAGAGGCUCGUAUGGUCAUGACCGCGCGCCUCGCCUCCACGUCCGCCGCAGGCAGCUCCCGCAAGGCCAAGAAGUCCAAGGGUGACGAAGAGACUCCCCAGGAGACCUACCAGAAGGCACUCAAACUCCUACAAGACCCACUCCUGCCCGUGCGCGCCCAUGGCCUGCUCCUCCUAAGAAACCUCGUCUCUGCCCGGCGUGCGACCCCGGGGCGAGGGACGGUGCACCUGGAGGAACCCGCCCUCGAUCGCGCGCUGGUUCCCGGGAUACUCAGUAUAUUCCUGCAGAGCGUGCAGGACGACGAUAGCUAUAUGUACCUGAACGCAGUGCAGGGACUAUCGGCGAUGGUGGACGGCUAUGGCAAGGAGGUACUCCGCGGACUCGUGCGGACGUAUUGCGAUGGGACGGAGGGCCCAGGGAAAGGCGGGGUGAUGACGCAGCAGGAGGUGGACAUGCGCACGCGGGUGGGGGAGGCGCUUGUUCAGGUUGUGCGGCGGUGUGGGGACGCAUUACCUGCUUACGUUGAUAUUCUGGUGCCGCCGCUCUUCAGAGUGCUACGGACGUCAGACCUGCCAACGACGCUGAGGACGUCGGCCAUCUCGCUCCUCGCUCAAUGCGCGAAGACGAAUUCGCUGGCACUGCUCCCGUACGCCACGGACCUUGCAGAAGCGAUGAUUGACUUGCUGCAAGUGGAGACUGUUCCCGCGACACCACGCAAAGAGAACAGGCCGCGCGAAGACCAGCAGGCACACGACCGCGAAGGCGAGGACAAAGGCACACGCGAUAAGGACGAGGAUAGGCCACCGCCACCACCGACGCCUGACACCAUGGACGCCCAGCCUACGUCAAGUAAUUCAAAGUUCCCACCGCUGAGGCGCGCCGCACUGCACUUCCUGACGCUGCUCAUCCAGGCGUGCACGGCGCAGCUGUACGACUCGGACGCGGGUGGUGCACCCGCGUUCCCGACGUUCCCGACGAGACUGGUCAGACGAGCGAAGACUACGCUGGGCUACGUUGCGGCGACGGACGAGGACGCUGUCGUGCGGGUGAUGGCACGGGAGGCGCUGGAGGAGAUAGAUCAGCUUGCGCAUGCGAUGGUUGGCGCGUAGGAGACUUGAUUCGUUGAGGCGAUGAAAUGCAGAGCUGCCAGUGGCGACGCCUGACGUGCAUUCGACCGUCUUAUCUCGUUGGCGUUGGGUGGAGAAACGUAUGUGCGCUAUCCACGGCCAUACCGCGGGAUGCGCUAGCAGCCAGGUGCGUGCCUCGUGCUAUCUGCGCUGAGAUGGGCGACGGCUGGGCUGGGUGGCGGUGUGGCGGGACUGGCGG